AUGACAGAAUGGAACCAAACAGAUAUUCAUACAAUGAAGUUUAUCCUCUUCAACUUCUCAGGAUUCCAGGACCAGCCAUCAUGUAUAACUCUUACCACCAUCCUCUGUGUGGGAUAUGCAGUAAUACUUCUAGAAAACUUUUCCUUCAUACUUGUUUUACUGUCAGACAGAAGACUUCAUUCCCCAAUGUAUAUGUUAAUUUGUAAUUUAGCAAUUCUGGAUAUUUUAAUUCCAACUGUUAACAUUCCAAAAAUGAUGCAUGGUUUAACAAGCCAUGACAAUAUGGUCACGUUUGGCUUUUGUAUUGUACAGUUAUGGUUCUAUACCUUAUUUGGUACUACAGAAAUGUAUCUUCUGGCCCUCAUGGCUUAUGAUCGUUAUCAAGCCAUUUGUAAACCACUUCAUUAUCCAUCUGUGAUGACCAACAAGUUUGUACUCAAACUUUGCCUUCUUUGCUGGAUGCCCGGAAUCUGCAUCAAUGGCAUUCAUGUAUAUUUUAUCCUCAACACAAAAUACUGUGAGAAAAAUAAAGUGCAGUCCUAUUACUGCAAUUAUUCUGCAAUUAUGUCAUUGUCCUGUUCUGCUGUCUUAGCAGAUAUGAUCAGUUCAGUAGUAAUUAUAAUAAUUUUAUCAACAACACUAACUUGUAUUUUCAGUUCUUAUGUAAAAAUAAUUAUGAUUAUCAAUACUGUCUCCUUUGAGAGUCGCCAGAAGGCACUUUCCACCUGUGCCAGCCACUUGUCUGUGUUUUCUUUCUCCUUGCUGGUGUCAUUGUUUGUAGCUAUGUCUUACAGACUGCCUGGCUUUUCUGAUGAUGCUCGAAUGAUAUCUGCAGUAGCUGAAUCCAUUUCUGUCCCUAUUGCAAAUCCUAUAAUUUAUUGCAUCAGAACAAAAGAAAUCAGGGAAGGUUUACUGAAGUUCCUUAAAAAGUACAAAAUCAUAGCCGCAGAAUUUUAA